UCCAAGUCGUUAACUCAUAUCAUAUCGUGCUUUCAUUUUAACAACACUUUCUCCCUCCUUCCUUCUUUCUCUCUCCUCCAUUUUUCCCUCCUCCCAAAAACCAAAGGACCAUAAAACAAUGGCAGAAAACUGCCAUACCUUAACGCCAUGAAAAUGACCUCACCUUCUUCAAUUCUCUCAUCAAUAUUUUCUCCCUAAACCCUAGCUCAUUCCUCCACUUUUGCCCCCAAUUUCAUUCAUGCGAUCCAAUUCCUUUGAUCUUUGCUAUCAACCCUAACAAUUUUCCCCCAAUUUUGCACCAAUUUCUAGGUUAUUCUUCGUUGAAUCAUCAAUGGAAGCUUUAACAGAGCUUUUCGACUUGAUUGCGAAGAAUCCGGAGCAAUUUAAGGAGAAACUUGGUUGGAUUUGUGGUCGUUGUCCUUCAUAUGAGUCUCCGUCGUCUGGAUCGCCGAGAAUUUCUCGAUCUCAGCUCAAUGCUGUUCUUGCCGUCGCUAGGUUUCUCUCGCAGUGCCCUAAUCUUCCCGAUAAUCGUCCUCGAGAUGUUGUUGUUGAGUUUCUUCGAUCAAUUUCGUCGUCAUUUCGGCUGUCUUUUUGGCCUCAGUCAUUUGGUAAGUCAAUUUCUUCGUUUUACUCUGAUUUCUUUCGUUACAUUGUUAAUGCCGCUCAAUUGUCGGAGGAGUUUGCUGAUGAUGUUGCCGGAUUCUUAGGAGAGAUUGUAAUUUCUGCUUUUAACAAUGCUUAUAACAAUGAUGGUAGUAAUUCCGAUGAUUCGAAGAUUUGUAAGGCGUUUUUAAUGUCAUUGUCGGAGAAUUGUCCGCCUGUUUCGCGGUCGGAUGCUGAGAAAUUGAUCAAUUUAUUGAUAGAACAUGUGCCUGCUGUUGUUUAUCCUAGCUCUCCUAGGGAUGUUAAUGUUGCAUCAGGAACGUCGUCGUUUCAGAGUUCUCCGGCGAGCUUGAAUUAUUUUCACCCUCAUGAUAGUCCGAGUCCUAUGAAUGAUCAUGGACAGCUCUCCAUGUCGUCUGGUGGUGGUUCACGGGUUGUGGUUGAUGAUGCUGUGAGCACGGCUUCGUCUCGUGUGUCUGAGAUGAAUGGGGUGAGCAGCAUUGUUUCAAAUAUGGAUGGCGAAGGUCUUGUUCGAAGGCAGGUGGCCAAUUUUGAGGAAGAGUCUGUAGAGAGUUUAGAGAAGCAGGAGAUUUUGUUUAAAUUGGUUGGGUUUAUCUUGGAUAAUAAAGUUGAGGUUGAUCAUAGGCUUUUAGAGCAAGUGCGGUUAGUGGCUAAGAGGCAGCUUCAGUCAUCCUCCGCCUUUUUAAAGUUAAGGAAGAGGGAUUGGACAGAAAAUGGUCAAACUCUGAAAGCUCGAAUAAAUGCCAAAUUAUCUACUUAUCGAGCUGCAGCUAGAUUGAAAAUUAAAUGUCUCACUUCGCUUGAUUGUGAUGUGAAAUCGACAAAGAGGUUGUUGCUUGAGACCCUUGCAUUGAUGAUAGAUGGUGCAGAAGCCUGUCUACUUUCUGUUUGGAGGAAGCUCAGACUUUGUGAAGAUCAUUUCAGCUAUUUGCUCUCUGGAGUUGCUCAGAUAGCAACAGCUCGUGGUGGACAACUGUUGCGAGUUUUGUUGAUUCGUCUUAAACCUUUGGUGCUUACUGCUUGUGCACAGGCAGACACCUGGGGCAGUAGUCAGGGAGCUAUGUUCGAGAGUGUCCUCAGAACAUGCUGUGAGAUUGUUGAAUUUGGCUGGAGUAAGGACCGAGCUCCUGUUGACACUUUCAUCUUGGGCCUAGCUACCAGUAUCCGUGGGAGAAAUGACUAUGAUGAAGAGGGCACGAAAGAAAAUGCUGCUGUUCCAACAAUUCAGCUGAAUGUUAUCCGAUUGCUGGCUGACUUAAAUGUUUAUGUCAAAAAGCCAGAAAUAGUUGACAUGAUAUUGCCUUUACUUGUUGAAAGCUUGGAGGAGGGUGAAGCUUCAACUCCUGGCUUAUUGCGGCUCCGUCUUCUUGAUGCUGCUGCUCGAUUAGCCAGCUUAGGCUUUGAGAAGUCCUACCGAGAAACUGUUGUUUUGAUGACAAGAAGCUAUCUGGGUAAAUUGUCUAAUGUAGGAUCUGCAGAUAGCAAAACAAUGGCACAGGAGGCUAUGACAGAGCGUGUUGAGACUCUUCCUGCAGCGUUUCUAUUAAUUGCACAAGGUCUUACAGAAAUUAAAUUGCGGUCUGACUAUCGCCACCGUCUGCUCUCAUUAUGCUCAGAUGUAGGUUUGGCUGCAGAAUCUAAAGGUGGAAGGAGUGGAGCCGACUUUCUGGGACCUCUAAUGCCUGCUGUUGCAGAAAUAUGUUUGGAUUUUGACCCAAUUGCCAUUAUUGAGCCUUCACUUUUGAAAUUGUUUCGCAACUUGUGGUUCUACAUUGCUCUGUUUGGACUAGCACCUCCCAUUCAAAGAAAUCAGGUUCCUUCAAAGUCUGUCUCUACUGGACUGAGUGGUGUUGGAAGCAUGAGUACUAUACAACUUCAAGCUGUCGAUGGACCGUACUUGUGGAAUAGUCAAUGGGCAUCAGCUAUUCAGCAAAUUGCUCAAGCUACUCCGCCGCUUGUUGUAAGUUCUGUCAAGUGGCUCGAAGAUGAAUUUGAACUUAAUGCUCUUCACAAUCCUGGUAGCCGUCAUGGAAGUGGUAAUGAAAAGGCUGCUGCGACCCAAAGAAAUGCUCUUUCUGCUGCAUUAGGGGGACGAGUUGAUGCUGGAGCAAUGAGUACAAUUUCAGGAGUGAAAGCUACGUAUUUGCUCGCUGUGGCAUUCUUAGAGAUCAUACGCUUCAGCAGCAAUGGAGGUAUUCUUAACGGUGAUUCUGAGUUAACGGCUUCUAGAAGCGCCUUCAGUUGUGUGUUUGAAUAUUUGAAAACACCAAAUCUUGCACCUGCUGUUUUUCAGUGUUUGACCGCUACUGUCCACAAGGCAUUUGAAACAGCUGUAUCAUGGCUGGAGGAACGAAUAUCUGAUUUUGGUGAUAAAGCUGAUAUUAGAGACUCAACUCUCUCAGUGCAUGCUUCCUUUCUUAUUAAAGCCAUGUCCCAGAGGGAAGAGCAUGUCAGGGAUAUAUCUGUUAACCUGCUGGUUCAACUUAGAGACAGGUUUCCACAGAUCCUUUGGAAUUCAUCAUGUAUGGAUUGGCUACUGUACUCUGUCAAUAUUGACACAUCUUCUUCACUAGUCAAUGAUCCUGCCUGUACUGCUGCGAUCCGAUCAUUGUUUCAGAGGGUAGUAAGAGAAUGGAUUAUUAUAUCACUUUCCUAUGCUCCAUGUACUGCCCAGGGUCUUCUUCAGGAAAAGCUUUGCAAACCAAAUUCAACUGAGAGAGCACAGCCUACUACGGAUGUUGUUUCCUUAUUAACCGAGAUACGCAUAGGCACUGGUAAAAACAACUGUUGGACUGGUGCAAGAACUGCAAAUAUUCCAGCAGUGAUGUCUGCUGCAGCUGCAGCUUCUGGGGAAAAUUUCAUCUUGACAGAAGCCAUUAGCCUGGAGGUGCUUAGUACUGGGGUUACCAGUGCUGCUGUGAAGUCCAAAUUUGCUGGAGAAAUUGCUGGAAUGAGAAGACUAUAUAAUAGCAUUGGUGGAUUUCAAUCUGGUGCACAAACAGGAUUUGGUAUAGGUUUUGGACUUCAAAGGUUGCGAUCCAGUGUUUCUUCUCAGCCAUCAGCUGAGAAUGAUUCCUUCAAUGAAAUCCUGCUCCAAAAGUUUGUGCAUCUGCUUCAACAAUUUGUUAACAUUGCAGAGAAAGGUGGAACAGUGGACAAAACAGCAUUUCGUGAAGCAUGUUCACAAGCAACUGCUUUGCUCCUCUCAAAUUUGGUUUCUGAUUCAAAAACAAGUGCAGAGUACUUCUCGCAACUAUUACGACUUCUAUGCUGGUGUCCAGCCUACAUUUGCACCCCUGAUGCUAUGGAAACUGCAGUUUUUGUGUGGACAUGGUUGGUUUCAGCUGCGCCACAGUUAGGCUGUUUAGUCCUCGCAGAACUUGUGGAUGCAUGGUUAUGGACAAUUGAUACAAAAAGAGGCCUUUUUGCAUCUGAUGCCAAGUGUUCUGGGCCGUCUGCUAGAUUGCGACCUCACCUUUCUGCAGGAGAGCCAGAAGCUUCGCCUGAAAAAGAUCCUGUGGAACAAAUAAUGGCUCAUAGACUAUGGCUUGGAUUUUUAAUUGAUCGAUUUGAGGUAGUUAGACAUAAUAGUGUCGAACAGAUGCUUCUCUUUGGUAGGAUGUUUCAAGGAACUACCAAACUUCCCUGGAGGUUCCAGCAUCCUGUUGCUACGGGUACAUUUUUCACUCUAAUGCUUCUUGGGCUAAAGUAUUGCUCUUGCCAAUCACAAGGUAAUUUGCAGAACUUCAGAACAGGCCUUCAGCUGCUGGAAGAUCGGAUAUAUAGGGCUUGUUUGGGAUGGUUUUCUUAUGAGCCAGAAUGGUACGACACGAAAAGUAAAAAUUUUGCUCAAAGUGAGGCACAAUCUGUUAUCUCAUUCGCCCAAUUUCUUCUGAAUGAACGAAUGGAUAGUGUUCCAUUAGAUCCAAAAGGACAGGCACGUGAAAAUGGGGGCUCUUUGGGUGAGAGGGAUCAUUUUCAUCCUGUUUGGGGUAGCCUGGAAAACUACGUUGUUGGGAGAGAAAAACGGAAGCAUUUACUUCUGAUGUUGUGCCAGCAUGAAGCUGACAGACUUGAAGUUUGGGCGCAACCCACUAAUUCAAAGGAUUACACAACCCGGCCUAAAAUUAGCUCCGAAAAAUGGGUUGAGUAUGCCCGGACUGCAUUUUCAGUGGAUCCUCGAAUUGCUUUGUCACUAGCGUCACGGUUCCCUGCAAAUCUCUCUUUGAAAGCUGAGAUAAGUCAGCUGGUUCAGGCACAUAUAUUGGAGCUCCGAUGUAUACCUGAAGCACUUUCAUACUUUGUUACCCCAAAGGCAGUCGAUGACAAUUCAAUGUUGCUGCAACAAUUGCCUCAUUGGGCUGCUUGCUCAGUAACAAAAGCUCUUGACUUCUUAACCCCUGCAUAUAAGGGCCAUCCACGUGUGAUGGCCUAUGUGCUGAGGGUUUUAAAAUCUUAUCCUCCUCAAUGUGUGACAUUUUUCAUGCCUCAGCUAGUGCAGGCUCUCCGUUAUGAUGAGGGGAGGUUAGUUGAAGGAUACUUGCUCAGAGCUGCUCAACGAAGUGAUAUUUUUGCUCACAUCCUCAUAUGGCAUUUACAGGGUGAGACAUGUGAACCAGAAGGGGGUAAAGAGGCUGACAGUCAGAAGAAUAGUGCAUUUCUGGCCCUACUGCCACAAGUCAGGGAGAGAAUUGUUGAUAGUUUCAGCCCAAAAGCCCUAGAUAUUUUUAAGAGAGAAUUCGAUUUCUUUGAUAAAGUCACAUCUAUAUCUGGUAAACUCUUUUCACUUCCAAAGGAGGAGCGUCGAGCUGGUAUACGAAGGGAACUAGAAUUAAUUGACAUGCAGGGAGAUGACCUCUACCUGCCUACUGCUCCCAACAAGCUUGUUAGGGGCAUUCAGGUUGACAGUGGUAUACCUUUGCAGUCAGCAGCAAAGGUACCUAUCAUGAUCACAUUUAAUGUGGUAGAUAGAGAAGGGAGUCCAAAUGACGUGAAGCCUCAAGCUUGUAUUUUUAAGGUUGGGGAUGAUUGCCGGCAAGAUGUUCUUGCUUUACAAGUAAUUGCUCUUCUUAAAGACAUUUUCCUGGCAGCUGGACUGAAUCUUUAUCUUUUCCCCUAUGGAGUUCUCCCAACUGGUCCUGAGAGAGGAAUAAUAGAGGUUGUGCCUAAUACGCGGAGUAGAAGCCAGAUGGGUGAAAUCAAUGAUGGUGGCUUGUAUGAGAUAUUUCAGCAAGAUUAUGGGCCAGUUGGAUCUCCCAGCUUUGAGGCUGCUCGGGAGAACUUCCUUGUUAGCAGUGUUGGUUAUGCUGUAGCCAGUCUUCUACUUCAACCCAAAGAUAGGCAUAACGGGAACCUACUUUUUGACAGUGCUGGAAGGCUUGUUCACAUUGAUUUUGGUUUCAUCCUUGAAACGUCUCCUGGAGGGAACAUGCGCUUCGAGAGUGCUCAUUUUAAGCUUAGUCAUGAGAUGACUCAACUGCUUGAUCCUUCUGGGACUAUGAGAAGUGAAACUUGGCAUACUUUUGUGGGAUUGUGUGUUAAGGGCUAUCUAGCUGCUCGUCGCCAUAUGGAUGGGAUUAUAAGCACUGUAGCUAUGAUGGCGGACAGUGGAUUACCUUGUUUCAGCAGGGGUGAGCCCAUUGGAAAUCUACGGAAGAGAUUUCAUCCUGAGAUGAGUGAACGUGAAGCAGCCAAUUUCAUGAUCCGUGUAUGUACCGAUGCGUAUAACAAGUGGACAACUGCAGGCUAUGAUCUGAUACAAUAUUUGCAGCAGGGUAUAGAAAAGUAUUUCUCCCACUGUAUAUUAAAGGUAAAAGGUGUAUAUUAUUUAUUUGAGGCAUUGUCACCUAAUGUGGCAUAGCUGCAAUUUUUUUUCGAGGUAUUGUAAUGUGAGAAUAGGGAUUUGUUUAAUUAGCAAAUAUAGAAGUUUUUAGUGUGAGGUUCAUGUGGUUGUAUGUAAAGGAAUAGCAUAAUUUUGCAAAUAUCAAUGAAAAUGCACAUUAUUUUGUGUAA